AUGCCGGCCAGGCUCCAGAACCGGUACAACCUGGUGGAGGAGGCCGGGGAGGCGCGAGGGGCCGCCCUGCACAGCGAGGAAGCCUUCCAGCAUGGCAUCGUCUUCCAGGCCAAGGGCACGGCGCUCUGUCCCGUCCCCUGGCCGGCGUGCGCUUUGGCCCUGGGGACGUUUGCUGGGGGCGCCCUCCUCCACUCCUGUGUCGUUGUAUGGCAUGAGUGCCCGGCCGAAGGGCAGGUAACUCUCACCUUUUGUCCCAACAGGGCCAGCCUCUCUGCCACGGACUGUUAUAUCGUCCACGAGAUCUACAACGGCGAGAACGCUCAGGACCAGUUUGAGUACGAGCUGGAGCAAGCCUUGGAGGCCCAGUACAAAUACAUUGUGAUUGAGCCGACGCGCAUUGGCGACGAGACGGCCCGCUGGAUCACGGUGGGGAACUGCCUGCACAAGACCUCUGUGCUGGCGGGCACGGCCUGCCUGUUCACCCCGCUGGCCCUCCCGGCCGAUUACUCCCAUUACAUCUCGGUGCCGGCGGGCGUGCUGAGCAUAGCCUGCUGCACCCUGUACGGGAUCUCCUGGCAGUUCGACCCCUGUUGCAAGUACCAAGUGGAGUACAACGCGUACAAACUCUCUCGCCUGCCGCUGCAUACGCUCACCUCCUCCACCCCCGUGGUCCUGGUGCGGAAGGACGACCUGCACAGAAAGAGACUGCACAAUACGAUAGCCCUGGCGGCCCUGGCGUACUGUGUAAAGAAGAUUUAUGAACUCUACGCGGUAUGAUUGCGGCGGGCAGGGGAAGGAGACACCGCCUGCAAAGACAGAACAGAACAAAACAAAAACAAGUGUGUUCAGGACUCCCACAGCUCACGCUCGGCGCUUCCUCUUGAAGUGGGAAAAGCAGCCCGGUUGACCCACAGAUAAAUAUAUAUAUAUUUUCUCCCCCUUCUUUUGGGUUAUUUUCUAAAAUAAACCACACGUCACUGGGUGCAUCAAGGGAUAUAUUUUUUUUCCAGUUCUUUUCCUACACCUCAGGCGUGGAUCUGCAGUGAAACGGGACGCUGUGGGAGCCAAAGUCAGCCGUGGAAUGUCAAUGGAAGGAAGUGAUACACAGGAGGGCAGAGAGAAGCGGUGUUAGCUUAUUAUUAUUUUUUUCCUUUUUUGAGAAAACCUUUUAAGUAUAUUGUUUAAUUGUAUUUUACAGAAGCAGCUCAAAAUAUCACUGACCAUUCAUUAAAGGACGAGUAUUUCAAAA